AUAACGUAAUUCAAACGGACUUCUAGCGGGGGAAACGGGGAACCCGUAUAUAAAGCCAGCAUCGCACCAAACACCAAAGCAAGCUCCCCAAAAGUGGAAAAUGACCUCCAAACCCGAAACCCACCCUACCAUCAUCUACACUUCCCUCCCACUUGACCCGAACCCCCGCGAUUACGUGAUCCUGCAAUCUCGCCCACCCACUCGCCACCACUAUAACCGCCGCGUAUUUCAAACGCUCUCUCUCAUCCUCCUACUUUCUCUCUCUAUCUACCUCCUAUUCCCUUCCGAUCCUCACAUCCAACUCGUCCGACUCCAACUCAAUCACAUCCGAGUCAACACAUCUCCUCACCUUCUACUCGACCUUUCUCUUUCUGUUACUCUCAAAGUUCAUAAUCCUGAUUUCUUCUCCCUAAAUUAUGAUGAUCUUGAUGUUUCCAUAUCGUAUCGAGGGAGACAAUUAGGGUUUGUGAAAUCUGAUGGGGGUAAAGUUCGAAUGAGAGGGUCUUCGUAUGUUGAUGCUACUCUAGAUGUUAAUGGGUUUGAAAUUUUGCAUGAUAUUUUUUAUCUGAUUGAAGACGUUGCUGCUGGUAAAAUUCCUUUUGAUACUGUUUCACAUAUUGAAGGAGAGCUUGGUCUCUUGUUUUUCAAGUUUCCUAUUCAGGCUAAAGUAUCAUGUGAGGUAGAUGUAAAUCCAAAGGACCAGACAAUUACUCAUCAAAAUUGUUAUCCUCAGGAGGCGUAGUGAAGCUCAAAAGGUUCAUACUGCCGAAGGCGCGCACUUUUUACAGGCAAGGUGCAAUUUCGUGAUAGAGCUUUAACAUCAAUUUUAAAACAUAUUCAUCAUCAUCAUCAUCAAUUUUAAAACAUAUAUAAUACUUAAAAGAUGACAUUCAUAUUAUAGUAGUAAAAGCUUGAAAACAUUCAUUAUAAUAACUGUAAACAUAACUAACUAUUACUAUACUUCAUUUUUUUUAUCAUCUACACUUUUCCUUUGAGGAUUAUAUAAAGUAUAGAGGUCUGUUAUCAAUGUAAACCGACUAUACAAAACAAACUCGUUGCACUCUAUAACAUACACUAAAAGCCAUUUUCCUUGAUGCUUGAUAAAAAAAAAAAAAAUUUCUUAACAAAUCCAUAUUAAAAACAAAGGUUUCUACUAAAUUACCCCCAUCCCCAAUUGGCAAACUAUUUUGCCUUAGCGGACAUCUUUCAAGUGGUGUUUUAGAUGAGAUGUUCCUUUAAUAGGGCUUGCUGCUAAGACAAUUUUACAAUGCUGUUGCAGAAAUAAUAACGCCAUUUUCAUCAAAAUCUUGCAAAAACUCAUUUCAAUUCUUGGAUUUUUUUUUUCCUUGCACGAGUUAGGGCAUACUCGUUGUAUUCAUCAUCGAUCGACAUUGAAGAUCACGCAUCCAAAUAAUAACAAAUAUGUCUAAAAAUGAAAUCAACAAAGAUAUACAAAACAAACAUGAAUUAGCAUAAGCAUCAGCCCCUAUUACUCAAGUUUCUACAAUGCAUGAGCAUUUCCUCUUCCUACAGUUAGACAUCCUAACAUUAUGAAAUCUGAACUUUUUGAAUUUUGAUGCAACUUUUAGAUAUAAAUCAGUGCCUUUUAGCUAGAUAGAUAAACAAAUAUACUUAAAUGGAUGUAUUCUUGAUUAAAACAAAACAAAACAAAAGUGUACAGUGUAGAUAAAGUAUAUUCUUAAUUAGUUAGAUAGAGAAUUUUGCAAGAAAUUCCAAAAAAUACUAAACUAAGAAAUUAAUAUAAACUAAAUUAAAAUACGUUGAGGUUUCAAAUCAUAUUAGUGAUGGAGCAGAUUUAUAGUAAGAAGCGACAUAAUAAAAAUGAUUCAUAUACAAUGAUAUCGUUGCAAGUGAUGCCUAAGGAAAAUAUUUGCGAUUUAUAUCAUUGCGAGUGAUGUAGAAUACUAAACAUGAUUUAUUAAUAAUGAUAUCAUUCGUUUGCGAAAUUCGUGCGAUUUCACUCAAAUAUAGAAACAAGAAAUAUGUGAAAGAACCAGAACAAAUACUCAAAAUACUUGUUUGGAAAACGUAAACGAAGGAAUUGAGGGUUACCUAGGAAACUUGAUUAAUCGAGAAUUAUCAAUUGGGAAGUAGCAAAUUUGAUUAAUCCCUAAUUUCUAAGGGUUUAUGAGAGAAAGAAAGAGAGAUAAAGUACAUGAAUAAAGUUGGCAAAAUAUUUCACAAAAUCUCAAAAUAGAGACUCAAACACUAGAUAUUAUUUAUUUGACCCUUAAAAAGCCCAAAUAAUAACUUUACCCUUAAAAACCCACCCCCGACGCGUUAAAUAUCUAUUAGUGAAUCGAUCCUCUAGAAGCCUGCUCCUUUAAAAUUACAAAGGGUCAAGCCUGUUUAUAAUGGCCGGGUCACCGGCUUUUUGCGGGUAUCCAACCCAUCAAACACUUCUAAACAUGAUACAUAAUUGCUGCUAGUUGUAAAAUCACAAUUCAGUUUAAGUCUUGUAAUAAUGGCUUUU